UAGCAGGCUUGCACGUGCAGCGCACGUGUUGCAGAUUCCGUCCAACAUAAUAGACAAUUUUAAUAAAAUUGCAAAAUUGCAAAAAAAUUAAAUUUUGGGGGGGUAAAUUGAAAAAAUUAAAACAUUUGAGGUAAAAUCAACAGAGGUAUACAACUUCAAAGGGGUAAAGUGUAUUUUCCUCUAAAAAAAUUUUUGUUAUGUUUUUUUGUUAGUUAUAUUUAUAUGAGUUAAUAUUUAGUUUAUAAUGCUUCAAAAUUUGUUUUUGGAUUUAAAACUAAAACCUAAGGGUGGAAGGUUAACCCUUUAUGGAUGCUAUCACCUAAAAAGGAUUCGAUCAUCCUAAAUUUGGUGCUAAUGCCUCAAAUUUGGUGCUAAUACCUCAAAUUUGGAUUCCCCUUUAAUAUCUCUCUUCUUCAAUUAAAAAUAAAUAAAAAAUAAAAAUAAAAAUGUCUUAGCUUGGCAGCCACAAUUUGGCAGCCGCCGGAAAUCUCUAUUCCUUGACUUGUAUGGAUAUACUACACCACAUACAUGUAUUCCUUUCUCCUACUAAAAAAAUAUCAACCAUUAGAAAAUCAAUGGAUGCCAUUACCCAUCUUUUCGUCUAUUCUUUGUUCUUCUCUCUGUUUAGAAUCUCCAUUACACAAGACUCUAUUAUUCCAAGUCAGUCAAUCAGAGACGGUGGCACUACUUUAGUUUCAGCUGGCGGAUCAUUCCAGUUGGGAUUCUUCAGCCCAAGUAACUCCAAUAGUCGAUAUGUGGGAAUUUGGUACACAGUAUCUUCGGAGAUAGUUGUAUGGGUAGCCAACAGAGAAGCUUCGCUUAGCGAUCACUCGGGAAUUUUAAAGGUCACUGAUGGUGGAAUUCUUGUGCUUCUUAAUAGCACGAGUGAUGUUGUUUGGUCAUCUAAUACAUCAAGAACCGUAGAAAAUCCAGUUGCGCAGCUCUUGGACACCGGAAAUCUUGUUUUGAAAGAUAGAAACGAUGGUGACCCAGAGAAGUUUUUGUGGCAGAGUUUUGAUUAUCCUUGUGACACGCUCCUACCAGAAAUGAAGUUUGGAUGGAACUUAGUAACUGGUCUAGAGAGGUUUUUAUCACCUUGGAAGAGCACGGAAGAUCCUGCUCAAGGUGAGUAUUCUGUACGGAUAGAUCUUCGUGGGUAUCCACAGUGGGUUAAUAUGGAGGGAGAUUCAAUAAAGACUAGACCAGGGUCAUGGAAUGGCCUUCGUUUUACGGGAUAUCCUCUAUUAAGAUCCAAUCCAGUAUUUGAGUAUGAAUUCGUGUUGAAUGAGAAGGAGGUCUAUUACCAGUACAAGCUAUAUAACACUUCCGUUUUAUCAAGAUUACAGGUAAACCCAUCAGGCGUUCCGCAACGAUUCAAUUGGGUGGAUCGAAAACGGAGUUGGGAGCUUUUCUUUACAUUACACACAGAUGAGUGCGACAAUUAUGAUUUAUGCGGUGGAUAUGCUACCUGCAACAUCAAUAAAUCUCCUCCAUGUGCAUGCUUGGAAGGAUUCCUACCCAAGUCUCCAAAAAAUUGGGAUUCAGUACUAGAUUGGUCUGAUGGGUGUGUUCGAAGGACUCCUUUGGAAUGCAAUGGCGGAGAUGGAUUCCUGAAGCGCACGCGGUUGAAAUUGCCGGACACAUCUUCUUCAUGGUAUAACAAGAGCAUGAGCCUCAAGGAAUGCGAAGGAAUAUGUUUGAAAAACUGCAACUGCACAGCAUAUACAAGUUUAGAUGUCAGGGGAGGAGGAAGCGGCUGCGUGCUUUGGUUUGGUAGCCUAAUUGAUAUAAGCGAAUACUCCGGCUCCGAGUCUGGGCAAGACCUCUAUAUCAGGAUGGCCACUUUAGAACUCGAACAUCUUGAGAAAAAGAGGCACUCCGGUGAGAAGAAACUAGUAGCAAUUAUAGUCAGCUCAGCAUUACUAUUCGUGGGAAUGACAAUAGUUGCACUAGUCUCAUACAUAUGGAAGAAGAAACUCAAGACCCAAGGAACCAAAAAAACAAUUCUUGGGGAAGAUAUGGAGUUACCAAUGUUUGAUCUAGCAACCAUAGCUAAUGCAACAGAUAAUUUUUCAAACAACAAGAAACUGGGAGAAGGUGGCUUUGGACCUGUGUACAAGGGUAAAUUGCCAGAUGGAAGAGAUAUAGUUGUGAAGAGGCUCUCAAAGAAUUCUAAACAAGGAUUGAACGAGUUAAAAAAUGAAGUUAUUUUGAUUGCCAAACUUCAACAUCGUAAUCUUGUGAGGCUUCUUGGUUGUUGCAUUCAAGAGAAUGAGAACAUGUUAAUCUAUGAAUAUAUGCCCAACAAAAGCUUGGACUUCUUAAUUUUUGAUCCAGCAAAGAGUAAAUUACUAGAUUGGCAUAAGCGCAUUAACAUUAUUUAUGGUGUUGCUAAAGGGCUCCUCUAUCUUCAUGAAGACUCUAGAUUGCGAAUUAUUCAUAGAGAUCUCAAAGCUAGCAAUAUCCUUCUUGAUAACAAUAUGAAUCCAAAAAUUUCAGACUUUGGCCUUGCUAAAUCAUUCGGGGGAGAUCAAAUUGAUUCCGAGACCAAUAGGAUUAUUGGAACAUAUGGAUAUAUGUCUCCCGAGUAUGCAGUGCAUGGACAGUAUUCAAUAAAAUCUGAUGUAUUUAGCUUUGGAGUUUUAGUAUUAGAGAUAUUGAGUGGAAAGAAGAACAGUGGAUUUUGUCACCCAAACCACCACCUUAAUCUUCUUGGACAUGCAUGGAAACUAUGGAUUGAAGACAAGCCAAUGGAACUGAUCGAUGAAUUGGUAGGUAACUCUUGCACUCUAUCUAGUGUAUUACAACACAUUCAUGUGGGUCUGUUAUGUGUGCAACAAAGACCGGAAGAUAGACCAAACAUGUCGUCUGUUGUUCAAAUGUUGACCAGUGAGAGUUUAUUGCCUAAGCCGAAACAGCCUGGUUUCUUUACGGAUUCACCUACAGCAGGUUUUUCUAGCAAGCAUGGCACUUCUUCAGCUAACGAAAUCUCCAAUACAGUGUUUGAAGUGAUUAAGAGCACCACAAAGACUACGCCAAUGGCAGCUCCAAUUACCACUAUCACCUUCAUCGUUUGGUUCUCCUUCAACUCUGAAGCAGACAUUCUAAUGUACAGAUCCUGCCCAUUAGCCGGAAACUGUCUAAUAUCAAGCAGGUCACCAUACCAGAUGGCGCAGCCACUACCUCCUCCUCUGAUGUCUGAGACUGCUCCAAGCUUUUUUGGCUUCGAUCCAUAUGAAGCGCUGAUGCGAGGAGAGUUCAAAAACCGGGUUGACCUUCAACUCCUGCUCACCGCUGUUAUGAACGCCGUUCCACGGGCCGCCCCGGUAGUACUUCUCAGAGCCUUUCUUCAUGACAUUAUCAGGGUAGUUAUGAAGCUCAAGACCCCAGUACUAGAUUUCCUGAAUCUAAAAGCUGUGCUAUUGGAUUCCAAGCCUCUUUCGUUGAAUUCGCCGACCAAACAACAGUCCUGUUCUGGCCGAGAAAUCUGCAAAUCAAUGGAAAGUAGUACUCUUCCCUCUACGUUUAUUGUUCUUAACUUGGUCUUUUUCUGCUUCCAAAUCUCCUUAGCAGUUGACAGCAUUACUCGAUCACAAACUGUCACUGAUGGCAGAACCUUAGUUUCCAAAGACGGAAGCUUUGAACUUGGUUUCUUCAGUCCCGGGAGUUCCAAGAGUCGUUACUUGGGAAUUUGGUACAAGAAAAUCCCAGAUACAGCUGUCGUUUGGGUUGCAAACCGGGUUAACCCAAUCAAUGACUCAUCUGGGAUUUUGGCAAUAAACGGCAGGGGCAAUGUUCUCCUCCUCGACAGCAGCAAGACGGUUGUUUGGUCUACAAACUCUUCGAAACAGCCUCAGAAUCCAGUGUUGCAACUCUUAGAUUCGGGAAAUCUUGUCUUGAGAGAUGAUGGGAAAGAUGGAAAUUCAGACAACUAUUUGUGGCAGAGCUUUGAUUACCCAUCUGAUACAUUGCUACCAGAUAUGAAGGUAGGAUGGGAUUCAAAGAGCGGUCUGAACCGGCGUCUAACGUCGUGGAAGAGCUCAGACGAUCCAUCUCCAGGACACUUGGUUUGGGGGCUUGCUCUGACUAACUACCCUGAGGGUGUUUUGUGGCGAGGCUCACAGAUAUACUACCGCACCGGCCCAUCAAACGGCGUCGGAGUUAGCGGUUCUCCAGAUUUGAAGACAAAUCCAGUUUUUGAUUUCAAGCUUGUCGACAAUGACAACGAGCAUUACUUCAUAUACACUCUGAAAAAUAACUCUGUUAUCUCCAGAGUAAUUCUGAACCAGAGUCACGAUGUGUUUCAACGUGAGAUAUGGAUAGAAGCAGAGGAGACUUGGAAAAUCUACGCAACAUCGCCUACAGACUACUGCGACGAUUAUGGGCUUUGUGGCGCCUAUGGCAAUUGUUUCAUCAAUGAAUCUCCUGUCUGCCAAUGUUUGAAAGGAUUCAAGCCCAAAUCACAAGAGAAAUGGGAAUUAAUGGAUUGGUCUCAAGGCUGUGUACGCAGCCAACCGUUGAGCUGCCAUGAUAAACAUAAUCAUGGAUUUGUCAGAUUUGUUGGCUUGAAACUCCCAGAUACCACCCAUACAUGGCUCAACGAAAGUAUGAAUCUGAAGGAAUGCAGGGCAAAAUGCUUGGACAACUGCUCCUGUAUGGCUUAUGCAAACUCAGAUAUCAGAGGAGGAGGUAGUGGCUGCGCCAUCUGGUUUGGUGAUCUAAUUGACAUCAGAGAAUUUCCAGAAUCUGGGCAGGAUCUUUACAUUCGAAUGGCUGCUUCAGAUCUGUUAGAGAUGAAAGAUGAUACUGAAAAGAUCAAGAUAGCAGCGAUAUCUGUAGGUUCCGUUAUAAUUAUUUCUGCGAUGAUCUUAGCUAGCAAAUACAUUCGCAGAAGCAGGACAAAGUUAAAAGAGGAAAUGGAGAAAAGUAGAAGAAUUGGUCUGAACGAUCAAGGCCAAGAAGAAGACAUGGAUAUCCAAUUUUUUGACCUUUCCACAAUAACUAAAGCCACCGAUAACUUUUCAAUCGACAACAAGCUUGGAGAAGGUGGUUUUGGACCCGUUUACAAGGGUUUACUAGCAGAUGGACAAGAAAUUGCUGUAAAGAGGCUUUCAAGGAGUUCUGGACAAGGAGUGAACGAGUUCAAAAAUGAAGUAUUAUUGAUUGCUAAGCUUCAGCAUCGAAAUCUAGUAAAGCUUCUUGGUUGUUGCAUUCAGGGAGAAGAGAAAAUGUUGGUCUAUGAAUACAUGCCGAACAAGAGCUUGGACUUUUUCAUUUUUGAUAAAACAAGAGGUCAACUACUCGAUUGGCCUAAGCGCUUCCAUAUUAUUGGUGGGAUUGCAAGGGGGCUUCUCUAUCUUCACGAAGAUUCCAGAUUGAGGAUCAUACAUAGAGAUCUCAAGGCAAGUAAUGUUUUACUUGAUGGCGAGAUGAAUCCCAAAAUUUCAGACUUCGGCAUGGCUAGAACUUGUGGAGGAAAUCAGACUCAAGGAAACACAAACAUAAUUGUUGGAACUUAUGGUUAUAUGGCACCAGAAUAUGCUUUUGAUGGCCUUUUUUCGACAAAGUCUGAUGUCUUUAGCUUUGGCAUCAUAUUGCUGGAGAUUGUGAGCGGAAAGAGAAAUAGAGGGCUCUCUAAUCAAGACCACAACCUAAACCUCGUCGGAUAUGCGUGGAAACUGUGGAAAGAAGGGAGACCUUUGGAAUUGAUGGAUGCUUGCUUAGAGGACUCACACUCUCAGCCAUCUGAAGUUCUGCGUUGUAUCCAUGUUAGUCUCCUAUCUGUGCAGCAGCGUCCUGAAGAUAGGCCAAGCAUGUCUUCCAUAGUUCUCAUGUUGGGUAGUGAGAGUUCCUUGCCUCAACCCAAAGAACCUGGUUUUUUCAUGGAGAAAGAUACAAAUGAACCAUACUCUUUUUCAAGUAAGCAUGAAUCAUCUACGACCAAUGAAAUAAGCAUUACACAACUGGAGGCUCGAUAAAGAUUAGUUAUGUAUAUUCAUGCAGGAAAAACGCUUGUUGAUCUUGGUUGAAAUUUGGAAGUGUCAAUCUAUCUUGAGCUUGAAAUUCUUCUGGUAUAGUUUGAACUGCAUUAUCAUCGUCAUCUUCAUCUUGAACCUUAUCUGAUGGUUUAAUUUGAUUAUUGAAUUA